GUAGGUAAAUCCCCAGAAAUAUCUGAUACAGCAUUUUAUCCGAAUAUUACAGAAAGUAUCCAAAUUACAUCGCCCAAAGCAAAAGGCAAAAAAGACCCUGUUGGUAUAAACGAAUAUAAAGGUGUUACACGUGUUUCUUUAGAAAAAUACAUACCAAAGAAUAUUGCGCAACAAAAAGCGGCAUCCGCUUCUCUUAUGCCUAAUCCUGUUACCACUCCUAGCCCGGUUUCUUCUGCUCCUGCUCCACCUGUUCAAGCUAUUUCACAAAGUCCCACGAGAGGUCCAUCAAUCCCUGCAGUAGGAGGAAGUUUGGUAAUGUCUCCUCAAGUAGCAAAUAUGCAAGGAAAAGGGAGUAUCUCAAAAGCAGCACCUACAUCACAAAUUGAUCAAGGAAAUGUUUUAAAAGGAUCAGGCAAAAGUCUCAUCACUCCACCUACAGAAGAACUAUCCAUACUCCGUUACUCUUCUAUUAUCCCAGUACUCGUAGGAGGCAUUACAAUAUUUAUCCUUCUUAGUAAAUAUUCUCCAUUAGGACUUCUAUUUGGUAAUAAAAAAAAGAAAAGACAUCUUAAACAAACUCCCAAAAUGGCAGUGAAACCUCCACAAUUGGAAAAAAUAAGUGAACCUAUAGAACGCGAUAAUUUAGAAGAUAUGAUACAUGACAUACCUUAUGGAUAUAGAAUGUAUAAAAUCAGAAACAAUGUAUAUAUGCCAAAGAAAAAAAAGAAAUUUAAGAAAACCAUUAUAGAUAUACACUUGGAAGUAUUAGAUGAAUGUCAGAAAGGUCAAUGGGAAUUGAACAAAGGAGACUUUCUAGAAAUAAUCAUGGACGAGUUUAUGAAAAACGAAAAAAUAAUAUAUAACAAUUU